AUGAAAAUAAAAUAUUUACUUUUAUUUAUUACAAUAUUUUUAGUAUUUGUUAAUUGUGAAAUAGAAGGAUUAUGUGAUGAUGGUGAUCCAUGUACAAUUGAUAGAUUUAAAAUAUUAAGAUGUGAACAUUUACAAAAAUGUCAAGCAAAAGAUUUAUGUGAAACUGUAACAUGUAAUAGAAGACAGGGUGGAAAUUGUACGGUUACACCAAGAUGUCAUGCAAGAACUUUAUGUGAACAAGCAUUGUGUGAUGUAAACACUGGUCAAUGUAUUUAUACACCAACAUGUAUUAGUGGUGAUCGUUGUAGUAUUGCAUCAUGCAAUGAAGAGACUGGUGAAUGUAAAAUUACACCCAAAUGUAAACCAGAGGAGAUUUGUGACGAACGUGGAUUUUGUGUCAAUUGUUCCGAUAAUAAUCCUUGUACCACUGAUUUUUAUUCACCCUAUUAUGGAAUUUGUAUUAAUAUUGUUAAUGAAUGGAUGAAUUGUGAAAACACUACUGAAUAUCAGAAAUGUCUAAAAGGUUGUAACACCAAUAAAUGUACAAAUGCAGUUUGUGAUAAACAAACCCUAAAAUGUAUCCAAAGUUAUAAAGAUUGUUCAGAUGGAAAUUUAUGUACCGCUGAUGUAUGUGAUAAUGAUUUGGGUUGUAUACAUAACAAUGUUAGUUGUGAUGAUGGUAAUCCAUGUACUCAGGACUUUUGUGAUAAUGAAUAUGGCUGUCAUUAUAAACCUGAUCCAACUUGUGAUGGUCUUUCCUCAUGUUAUUCAAAUAAAGACUGUUCCGAUAAUUUGGAUUGUACAACUGACCGUUGUGAAUAUGGUAAAUGUACUCAUAGUUUUAAUUGUGGUUUCGAUCAAUUAUGUAAUAAAUCAUAUAAAUGUGAAAAGGUUAGAUUCGAAAACUAA